AUGGAAGGACAAGCUCCACUACAGCUGGACCCGUUGCUGCCGAAGCUGCCGAAGGAUAAAGUCGAAGAUGAGUUCAAGCUGCAAAACUUGCCUGGAAGAAGACAAUCUAGCUCUUCGGGUCUCCGACGAAGAAGCUCGACAAAAAAAGCACGAGUUUACUCCAACAACGAACCAAAGCCACCUUGGAGAAAACUACUUUAUGUAAAGCAACCUUAUGCCGACAACUAUACCGAUAGCUCAUUUCUAUCACAGCUCAAACGAAACACUACAGUGGCGAAAUACUCAUACUGGCAAUUGGUCGAUGACUUUCUGCAAAUUGUAUUCUACAUCUCGUGCAUCUUGAUUGUGAUUCUCAUGUUUAUCGGCAUAUACGAGAAGAAAUGGGACCCAGUGGUGCCCACAAUGACAAGCACAAGUAUCCUUAUACCUGGGUUUACUGCAUUAAAGUAUCGGGCAUCGGAAGGCGCGGUGUCGAGCUCAAUUUCAAGCAUUCGAUCCUAUGUGUUGAUCGCGGUGAUAUUGUUGAUAGCGUCGCCGAUUCUCAAGUCAUUGACGCGAUCGACGUCUUCCGACUCUAUAUGGGCCAUCUCGUCCAUGCUAUGCAUCGCAAACACCUUGUUUUACGAGUAUUCAACGGGCAAAGUUUACCGCCCAAUCAUCUCGACAAACAUUUCACUCAGUAAUGCUAUAGUGUUGGCGUCACGGCUAGCUAACACGAUGGAAGUGUUUUUGUUCAUCUUGUUUGCAAUCCAGGUCAAUAUCCUCGUGCCCUUGUUUGACGCAAGCUUGAGAAACACCAAGCGAUUAACCAUCUUUCACCACAUUGUCAUGGUGAUUGUCUUUUCCCUCGCAAGUAUGUGGAUGUGGAAGUUAUUAAACUUCAAGUUCUUGCUAUACUGGCUCCUCUCAGUCAUUGUCAUUAUGCUCGUCAUGCCCGCGUAUUUCCUUUCGUUGCAACAAUACAAAGACGAACUACAAGGGCCCUGGGAUAUUGCCAGGCCAAAGUUUAGUAAAGACAAUCCAAAUUAUUAA